CCAUUUGUUCACAAUGUUACAACCUACCAAAAAAUCCACUAAUAAAAACUUGAUAUUCCAUUUCAUUUCUUGGAAAAACUUUGAGUUUUUCUAUAGAAUUCCAAUUCAAAAACAUGGAAAACAAUAGCACAAAGGUGGAAAUGAUAAAGCCAAUAUUUCUCAAAGCUGGAAUUCCUAUAGCCAUAACUUUGGCGGGAUAUAUUAUUGCCAAAAUCACAACAAAAAGAAGCUCAAUUUUCAUACCUUCAACAAAUCAAGAAAAUUCUCAAGAAAUUAUAACCAAUCAAUAUGAUAUCUCAAGAGAUGAAGUUAGCCUUAAUCAAAAUCUUGAUUAUUCAGAAUAUGAAGAUGAUCAUUCUUCUACACAUACCAUUUACAAAGAUUCAUCAGAAAGUUUUCUUUUUCAAGAUAAAUGCAAAUUUGAAGAAGAUUUGCUAAGCUUAAGAAGGCAAACGGGCGAUAUCGAAGAGAGGGAAUUUCAACUAGAGGCCAGAUUUCAAAAGUAUAGCCACUUGAAAGAUCAAGAAAUUGCACUUAUGGACAUGCAAAACAAGUUGAUAUUAGAGAUCAAUAAAAUUGAGUUCUUUGAUAAGGAAAUUACACUAAUGGAGGGAGAAAACCAAAGAUUUCAAAAUAUGGUAAUUGAAUAUUUGAGAAUUAUAGAACUUCUUGAUUUGUCACAAUCAGAAAAUAGAUUGCUUCACAAAAAGGUUAAGAAGCUUUUGAAGAAGAUCAAAGAACAUUCACAAGUUAUAGAGGAACAUAACUUUCAACUUGAAGCUAAGGAAACAGAAAUUUCAAGAAAUGAAAAAGGGCUAGAAAUGAAAGAUCAUAUUAUCAAGAAAAUGGAAUUAGAUAUUCAAGAGCUGAAAAUGGCUAUUGAGAAAUUGCAAGAGGAGAAGACUGAACUACAGAGAAAGCUAGAAUUGGGAGAGAAUUCAAAUCCAUCCAAGAGUAAUGUGGAAGUGGUAACAAUAGAAGAUUACAAAGAAUUGGCAAAAGAACUUCAGCAACUGGAGAAGGAUAAAGCUACUGAAGACAAAGAAUUAAUAUACUUAAGGUGGUGCAAUGCAUGUUUAAGGCAUGAAUUAAUGAGGAGGAAUCAAGAACAAAUAGAACAAGAGAAAAACCAAAAUCAAGAAUUGAAUUUGGGAGAAGAAAAUACAGAAAUUAUAACAGAAUUUGUACCAAAACAUGAGUUAAUUAUGAGGAGGAGUUCAUCAGUGGGACACAAUGAAUCUUGCUUAAGUUCACCUAUUAAUGGAAGUCAUUCAAAUGAUCAUUCCAAAAGGAGAAAAUUAAUACAAAAGUUCAAGAAAUGGGUAGAAGGAAGUGAUAAAAUGAAACAUGAAACUAAUUGCUUUAAAAGGCAUUCUGUUUCUGAUUAUACUGAAGAAUUAAUGAUUCCUGCUAGAAAGUCAUGUUCUAGUGCUUAAUUAUGUGUAUUUGUAAUUCCUUCAUGAUUUGAUUAACAUAUGUAGCUCCAAACUAAUAAAAAUGACACAAAACUUGUUGAUUCUCUUUAAA